AAAUUUGAUAUAUCGGAACUAGCGUGAGGGGUUAGACCAGCUCUAAAGAAAAUGUUGUGAAAAGAAAACGCUGCUUUCCCAUGAUUUGUGGAAAUAUCCGAAAUGCUAACCGUGCGGGCGAGAUAAUGCCGAUCGAGUGAGGCUAAGACACUAAACGGGCGGAGCGACUGCGCCGCGAUCGUCCCGCGUUGGCAAUUGUGUGUGUGUAUCAUGGACAAGCUACGAAACAACAACAAGGAGAAUGCACCCAUUGAGUACCCCUACCCACAAACCCCCGCCCAUCCAAACUCCUCUUCCUCUUCAUACACCCCCCUGGAAGCUGGCGAGGAUGUGGAGAGCAACAAGAGCACGCCCUACUUUACGCCCCUGGAGUUCCUGCAGACGUCUUUCGAGUUUCCCUCGCCCACUGCGGAGGGCGGGGUCCCGGGCAUUCCCGAGUCGUCGGCGGAACAGGAGGAUCAGGAGGAGGCAUAUACUCCCAGGCAGUUCACCAUUGCCAGUCCCCACCCAACGCCCUAUUUCCACCAUCCACCCAGCUCGCAGUCUCCCACCUUAAACCGCAAGUUCAAGAGGCUCUCGCUGUACGAUCGUCGAUCCUGCUCGCCCCACAUUAACAGCGAGGAGCGGGGAAGUGGGCGUGGCACCGACAAGGAGAACACCAUCCCUAAGGGCGGGUCGGACGACCACGACCUGGAGAACAGCAUGUACUUGUCGAAAAGCGAGCACAACUCACCCACUAUACUUUUCAAGGAUGAAUCCUCAACAACGCCAGGACUGGACGCCAGUCGACUUAGCUUCUCCCCGAAACUGCUGUCCUCUAUUAACAACCUGAACCUGUCCGGUUCUCCACUGAACAUUAUCAACUCGGCUGGGUACAAGAAUGGCAACUUCUUUCGUUUCCCGGAAAUCGAUCAUGUCGUACAGGAAGCGCCCAUGGAUACGGGCAGCUUGGAGGAGGUUCCACGACGAGAUCGAAGUCCAGCGCUGGCGGAACCGCCAGAGCAGCAGCAACAGAAGUCAGAGGGCCGAAAGAAUCGCAAAAAUAAGAAUAAUCUCACCAUUCGCAUCACGGACGUGCCCAUCAAGAACUCUAAUCAGGCCUCACCGUUGCCUAAGCCGAAGACUCCGACUAUCAAGAGCACCAAGGAGAAGGCCCGCUCGCUGGACUCGGCGGCCAAUGAGUCGGAGCUGUCGAUCGUGGUGCACAACAUUACGGAAUCUCACGGCAGCUACGAUGACAUGGAGUCGGGCCAGAUCAAACCAUCGACCAGUGUCAUCCACCACCACCAUCAUCAUCUCCAACAGCCCGGUUCCGGAAUCCACUCGACCUCGCUCUCCCGAUUAGACAGUCACCUGAGUCUGGCUAAUCAGCGGCGCACUACGCGCAGAAAGUCACCCGGAAUUAACACCACUGACUGGCUGAUGUACCACCGCAAGCAGAACCCAUAUCAGGUGCCACCGCAGCACUGCAGCACCACGGCCCAAAGCUCCCUGGACUCGGACGCCAGUUUGACGCCCAGUUUGGGAGAAUCCGAGCUAAAGUCCGCCUGCAGCGUGGACGGCGGCUCCAAGUUUGGAAUGGGCGCCAGUCUGGCGCCAAGGAGCGCCCACAAGCACAAUCAGCUGCUGCACUCGUCCAGUACGAAUCUGAAGACGCUGCCCGAGUGCCUCACACUGGUGGAGUUUUCUUCCUCUGGUGGUGGAGGUCCCAAGGAAUCGCCCUUUAAGCAAAAGUCCAUGGACUUGCCGAUGCCCUCAUUGCAGGCCAAAGCAACAGUGUCCACAUCUUCGAUGAAUCUGCUCCAGCGACGAGGAUCAAAUCACAGUUUAACGCUCAACCUGCACAGCUCGUGCGGCAACCUGAUGAACAGCGGACUAAGCCUGUCCAACUACAGCCUGGGCUCCAUACUCAACUCCAAGUCCAGUUGCAAUUUGGAUGCAGGCACUGCCAACCAGAUCAGGUCGGAUCAGCAGCCGCAGACGCAUCUGUUGGCCGGCAGCCAGGGCAGUCGGCAGGGGUUGUUCAGAAGACGGGGAUCCAACCACAGCAUCACCUUGAAGACGGGUCACACCACCACCUCGUGUGGGGAUCUGAACUCUAUGCAACAGCUGCAGCAGCAACAGGCAAUGCUGAGCGCGGAGAAGUACAGUCGUCUCAACAUGCGCACCAACUCCACUGGCUCGGGUUCGGGCUCGGGAUCCAAUGUACCUACUCCAAAGCGAGGAUUGCUAGAACGUCGCGGCUCUAAUCAGAGCCUCACCCUCAACAUGGGCAGUAUACUGGGAGGGGGAGCAAGUACCGAAAUCCAUGUCCAGGACUUAGGGCAACCAAAAGUCACGGUCUGCAGUUGUGCUGCCGCCAACCAAGCACCGCAUCAGCGCAAAUUCUUCAGCACCGAGAACCUAAACAGCAGCAAGGCCAACAACCAAAAGUUCUUCGGACAGGUGUGCUUUGGCUCCGCCUCGGAUUUGCAGCCCAAUCCACAAGAGGAGUCAUCAGGCGGGGAGCAGGGCAUUGUCGCCACUUGCACCUGCGCUGGAACCGUGCGCAACAUCAUGACCAGACCUCUGUCGCCGCAGACGACCAGCGAGGAGUUCAAGAUCUACCUGGCCAGCAUACAGAUGCUUCAGAGUGCCUCCAAUCCGCUAAAUCAGUUCGAUUUGAUCCGGCUGAACUACGUGUUCGAUCACAGCUACCAGAGCAACAGGAACAUGAUCGAGCAGCCACCUGUGUUGGGCCCUAAUGCACGGGAUUUGGAUACACCCACUGAUCUAGUGCCACCGAGCUCGGAGGACAGUGAACUGCUCGCGUGCUACCAGGGAGUGGUUAGGAGGAUCGUCCAAUCGAUUCCGGAACUGGAGGAAACCGAGCAGAAGCGCAUAUUUCGGGAUCUGCACAAGGAGUUCUGGGACCUGCCCCUCAAUCACCAGGAGAAGCCGAUGGUCUUCGGUUCCCAGACGAAGAAUCGCUACAAGACGAUCUUGCCCAACGAUCACUCCCGCGUGUUGCUCGAAUCCGCGUACAGCGAGCUGAUCAGUCUACAGGAGGAGGUAAAGAGAACCUGUUCCGUGACCGCCAGCGAGGACAUGCCCUACAUCAAUGCCAAUUACAUCAAGGGACCCGACUAUGUGUCCAAGUGCUAUGUGGCCACGCAGGGACCGUUGCCGAAUACUAUCUUUGAGUUCUGGCUGAUGAUCUAUCAGAAUACCCAGCGAUACAUACGACGCUGCGUGGAUGGAGGGAGCAGCAGCAGUCCGCAUAUGGACCGGGCGCAGAUCCUGCAGCAGUACUUCCAGAAGAUCGUCAUGCUCACCAACUUCACGGAGGCGAAUCGCCAGAAGUGCGCCGUCUAUUUCCCCAUCGAACUGAAUGAGAUCUUUGCGGUGGCCGCCAAGUGCGAGGUGUUUCAACUGAGUGAGGCGGCAAGGGAGUACUUUGAUCGGCAUUUGACGCCCACCUCUGUGCCGGACACUGUGGUGGCUUCCUCGGAGGCGAUCGACUAUGAGCUCAGUGGCCGGCACAUUGGCGUGGAGUCGGUGAAGGUGACGUUGGAGGGUGAUCUGCUGGAGGCUCUGCCUGCCCAGGGAAGUUUCUUCCUGGUCAAAAACGUGGGCAUUGUGCGGAGGAAUGGUUACUCGGUGAGGAAGCUGGUGGUGCUCUACUGCAUCCGAGUGCCCCAGACUGCAAGCUACCACCUGCAGAAGAUCUGCUGCUACCAUUAUUGGUAUCCGGACUGGCCGGAUCACCAUUCGCCACGGGACAUCAACACGCUGCUGGACACAUGCUUGCAUGUUCUUAACCUAGGAAAGUGUGAGUCGGAGUUUGACAACUACGAUGAGAGUAGAAGCGAAAGGAACGCCCACCUGGCGGCUCAGCGAUUGGAGAUCUACCAGCAGGAUAUCUUCAAUGCCGUCCAGCCGCUUCCCGUGAUCCACUGCUCGGCUGGGAUCGGGCGCACUGGUUGCUUCACGGCCAUUCUGAAUGCAGUGCGUCAGUUGCGGCAAUCGUUGGCUUACUCUUUGACUGGAAUGCUCACCAAAUCGCUGACCAGCAGCACGGUGGAGGAGUACGAAAGCCCAACGGACAGCGACAGCAGCUUCACCUGCAACACCAUCCGGUACAUCAGGCACAUUUUGGAUCACCAGGAGGCGGAGGCGGUUGAAACUGCCCCAUCCUUUGACCGCCUACCCAAGAUGCCGGACAUUUUCGUGGACGUGCUGGGAAUCGUGUGCAACCUCCGCCUGCAGCGGGGUGGGAUGGUCCAGAACUCGGAGCAGUACGAGCUGGUCCAUCGCGCUAUUUGUCUCUAUCUGAAGCGCACAUUGGCGUUGAGGCGAUUUUAAAAGAAGGGAUAACAGAGAUCAACAACUUUUUGACGACGAAAGAAGAAGAUUAAGAAGAAAACACCAAUUUACUAUUUGUAAACACAAUUUUUGUGACCCUUAUUUUAAUGAAAGCAACCACAACGGACAAGCAACAAGUAAAACCAGAAACCAUGGCUAAAAGAGUCUCGAAAAAGUUAAAUAAGAUGGCAUUCUCCGAAGGGGAUUGACGAGGUGAUGCUCUCAAUGUUUGCUAAAUAUUACUAUUACUACAUAUUCUAUAUAUAUAUAUAAAUGUUUAUUAAGUGUUGGAUGUAUGUGUGUUAAAUGUGUACAUAAGUGUAAAUGUUUCCGACUUUUGGUGUGAACUAUGCUUAAACUAAAGUUAAUUAACAAUUAUUAUUAUACCUUACCUUACCUACCAAAACAAUACCUUACCAUAAAAAAAGCGCAACUUUACAGAGCUCGAGACGUUCGGCCACGUCCCUCGAUGAGUUGUCCAUCCUGUUUGGGGGCGGAGAAAGCUCAAACCUUUUUCAAGUUGGGCCCCUUCCAAGGGUCCUUCUGACUAAAACACCAAUUUCCCCAAUCCCAAACUGCCAGCUCGAUCGCCGGACGUUGGCCAAUUUACGGACAAGAGUUAAAAACACAAGAGAAAAACUCGAAAAGAAAAUUUAAAAACCCAUAAAUGAACUUGUAUUAACGUUUAUGCAAUGGAACUAGUCAAAUAAAACUUAGAAACAUUUUAAAUGUAACUUUAAAUGUGUAAAA